AUGGACCACCACCUUCAACAGUACGAGGUACAUACCUUCGUAGACUUCGUCACCCCCAACUACAACGCAACUAUCCCGAUCUUGGGCAAGAGAGGCGCGCUCGAUGCGCUCAACCGUACCUUGUGUGCUGGUUAUUACGCACAAACCAUGAGCCUCGAUAACGAACACCCUGCCUACGAUCCCCUAGUCGUCGCCCUCAACACGAUUUGCGCCGACAAGAACAUGCCUCUCAUCACCACGUCCGACUUGUACACCUUGCAGUUUAGGCGUGGACUCACGUCGUUUGCGAAGAACUUCAUCAAGGCCAACCACGCCCAAGAUCUUAUCAAUCUCGACAACCUCUUCAAUCCGCAAGGUACCUUCACGGAAGACGACAUGGCUCUCAUGACUGCCGCAUUCGCCGCUUCAUCUGGCUGCGGAAACAUCGGACUGGGUGUCGUGACUCUGGUCAACGGUCAAUCGGUAAGGGCCUUUCACUAUCCCGAUCCCGAUACAAGCCCGCCCCCUGAUUACACUGCUUGGAUCAUUGCCGACUUUCGUGCCGGGGACGCAGCCUUCUAUGGUGUCGGAAGGAAGGUUGUCCAGCAGCACCACUCUGUUGUUGAGCAAGAGGAGGGUCGCGGAGAUACUAUCGAUGAUGCCAUGGAGGACGAUGGCGACGACGCCGACGACGAAAACAACCAGGUCCCAUCAACCACGCCCCGCAAGACCGCUACCCGUGUACUACAACAACAGAUCCCCUUGCCCGCCAAUUUGACGGCCGAAGAUAUUUUGCAUCAUCACAAAAGCCGCCUCCAGUACAACAACAUCUUGAAGGUUGCACUCCUCUUCAGCAAUAAGGAGAUCGCAGAUCAAUGCAAGUCGGAUCUACUGCCCAAGGAUCAGCGCUUGUGUCACGCCAGUGCAGUUGUGAAGCGCAUCAACACUGCCAUCAAUUGGAUCGAAGAUCAAUUCGAGAUUGACACUGACGCCUUCCGCACUGCUUUCGACCAGGAGCGCAGAAACAAGGAUAUCCCAGCUCGCGGCAAAGACGAAGUCAGUGACGAAGUUCUUGCCCUCAACUCGUCCAAAAUCGAUGCCGCCAUGUCGUGGGUCAAGUCAGGCGGUCCCCGUCCAACUCAAGAUGUUGACCCUGCCCCCUACCCCUCGAGCGUCAACACUACUUCCGCCACCGAUCCAGUCUUGCCAAACCCCGUCUCCGGUGCUUCCGAUCUUGGACACAGACCUCACGGUACCAUCCCUACUGGAUACAUCCCCGCCCCUAUCGUUCCUGCAAGCGUUCAAGCCUCUUUUGCAGCCCCUGAUCCAGACUACGGUCAUCACUCACAGACGGGCGUCGGAAGCGGUGGCGACAUCGGUAGCGGCAUGAUGCCUAACGACAACGGUAGCCACUUUACCAAUGGCCACGAUGCAAAUGGAACAUUCAUGACGGGCCUCAAUAGGGAGACGGGCAUGGAGGGUGACAUUGACUGGAGCCCCCGAGACUUUGGCUUUGAGGAUUCCUUCCUGAAGUUCGACGCUUCGAAACAGCCGUUGAUUGAGUCCAGGUACAGCUCUCUCUCUCAUGCCUCUUACUACCCUUCUGCCUCAGUCCACGGUGGUGCGACUGUAUGGCUUGUUGUGGAGACCCACUCCGACCACUCUGAUCUCUAUGGCAUUGGUUCUUCCGUCAUUCAGCAGCAACAACAUCAAGGUCAGGAUGACGAGGAGGAGGAGCAAUACGACAGUGGUGAUGCUGAAGAACAGCCCCUGAACGUGCUGCCCACUGUAUCUCGCAAGACUGCCGCCAGAGUCGUGGCUCAGCAGAUCCCUCUCCCAGCCGGCCUUACUGCUACUGAUAUCCUAGUGCAUCAUCAGGACCGUCUGCAUCAGUUUGGCAUCACCAGUGACGCCUUACGCGUCGCGUUUGAUGUGGAGCGCAAGCAGAAUGGUAUCAACAUUCGCAGCAACAAGAAUGCUGUAAACGACGAUGUUAUCGCUGCCAACACCGGUAAGAUCAAUGCCGCCAUGACUUGGAUCAAGGCCGGUGGCCCUCGCCCAGCUCCUGCUACAUACACCCUGACAUCAACAUUUCUGGAAGCAAGGCUUGUGCUAUGGUCUGGACACUAUCUCGAGUACUACCAGAAAGCCGUUUGGCAAGAUGCCUCCUUUAUUCGAAGACCCUCUGGCCACUCUGAUCGACUGAGAAUAUACAAUGAGACGACUCCCCGACCCGAUGAUCAGGCCAGAGAUGCUCUUGCCUCUCCGAGACAAGCCGAUUUCUUCCUGUGUUAA